AUGUCGACACCUAGAGCGAUCGCACGGCGUUUGCGGAGCCAGGCAAAGCCCGCACUGCGACUCUACUGCCAGGUGUGUGAACGACAGUUCCGCGACCAACGAGCGCUGGACACCCACCAGGCGGGUCGAGCACACCAGGAGCGCGUCAUUGCUCUAGCUGGCAAUGAAAGUGCCUGUCGUGCGCUUUUCUCGGAACGCUUUUUUUCCCAGUUCUUGCUGGCACUCGCUCAGCUCAGUCGGACGUCUCAGUUUCCAGACCGACGCGUGCAGGCAACGAAAGUGUAUGACUACGUCACUCAGGACCCUAGACACGUGCGGCUUCACGCUACGCGCUGGCAAAGUCUCCGACGCUUCUUGCAGUGGCUCUUGGCCCAUUGUCCAGACCGAGUAGUUUUCGUAUCAGAAGGAGAAACGUCGCCGCAUACCAGCGCAGUCGUUCGUCUGCAGCCGGAGCGUGUUUGGCUCGUCUCCAUCCAAGACACCGUUCAUGGCAACGUAUCAAAGGCCCCCGGAAUUCCGCUUUCGAAUAAGAGCAUCCUGGAGCUCCAUGAGCGCCGUUUGGGUACCAACCUCCCUCAGGUCGCGAGGAGUAGCGUCACAGCUGCGGAAGCGCACGUCGCCCAGUCGGCAGUCUGCGAGUCGGAACGAGACAUUGUCGACGUCCAGCGUCUUGUAAUGGAAUUCGAUUCAUGGAACCCGCCUCCUACCAGAGCGACGAGGCUUGCAGCCCAGCACAUGCCUGCACAAGUGCUGCACUCCAUGGACAAAUCGUGGAUACCGCGGUAUCAGGCCGGUGACCUUGUCGUCAUCCGGAACAAAGCGCUGGCGCAGGGCGCGCUCCACGAACGUCUGGGUGUUGUGCUGCAGCAGGCACCCGUGAUGCACGGUUGCGUUGUUGACGUUGUAGUUUCCCUGCUUCCCGCUGAGCCGUUGCUCUACGUCUUGCGUAUGGAUCAGGACGAGCUCGAGCUGGCCGAUGAAGCACGUCGGAGCGGUAUCAAUCCUUGGAUAGACACGAGCCGCCUGCGAGUCUUUGCAUAA